AUGGUCAUGCUCACCGGCCAGUACUCGACUGGCAAGAGCACUUUCAUCCGGCACCUGCUAGGGCGGGACUACCCCGGAUUGCGAAUCGGCCCAGAGCCAACGACCGACAAAUUCGUCGCUGUCUGCAAAGGCGAUAUGGAUCAGGUCAUUCCAGGGAAUGCCUUGGUUGUUGACAAAUCCAUGCCGUUCACGCAGCUGAGCCACUUCGGCAACAACUUUCUUACGCGUUUCGAAUGCGCGAAGCUUGACAGUCCUGUUUUAAACGGGAUGUCUCUCAUCGACACGCCUGGUGUUCUGUCUGGCGAGAAGCAGCGCUUGAAGCGCCGGAGCCUCAAAGGCCGAGGCCGAGGGCGGCGGCUCCCGAUGGCCGAGUGCCGGUCACGCAGCGCAGUCCUAAGGUGGAUACGAGUUCGAGGCAGGAGCACUCUGAGCCAUCAGCACCAGUGCAGCAGACUGCAUUGGCGUGCUUUUCCCGGAAUCGGCCUUCGGCCUUUUCGACCUUGGGUGGCGAAAGGCAUUUUGCUCACAGCAUUGCCAAUGUGA